AGGAAAGGUUAGUUGAUCACGAAGACUUAACCACGGUUUGUACCACUGUGAAGCGAAGUUUGUCUUGAAAAUUAAUCUCGCGGGAUAAACCUAAGAUUAUCGGAGAACAUUUUGGAGUUUAAUAACGACCGUUUUACAUCAACAAAACACCAAGAGGAAGUGUUCGAGCGUCUGUAAUGAUCGGAAGUAGCUUUGCCUGGCGAGUGUCUGGAUGCCAGAACUAGCAGUCAUGGAUCUGGGCAGGCAACUGUGUGUGAAGAUGAAAAAACAGAGGAAGGCAGAGAUGACCAUUCCUACUGCCAUGAAGGGACUUGAGAUCCACUUCUACCUUGCUGACACACACCAGCUCGAGUUCUUCAAAGCCUGCUACACUGCGGAAGACCUGUGCGUGGAGGCUGCCAAGAGAUGCCGCAUCUCACCUUUGUGCCACAACCUGUUUGCACUCUAUGAAGAAAGCCAGGAUCUCUGGUAUGCUCCAAAUCACGUGUUCAAGGUCACAGAUGAGACCAGCAUCAAACUUCAUUAUCGCAUGAGGUUUUAUUUCACAAACUGGCAUGGAACCAGUGAGAUUGAGUCUCCAGUUUGGAGACACACACUCAGCAAACAGAAAAGUGUAUUAAACAGUCAGAAGACCACCGAGGGAACACCUCUACUAGAUGCCGCAUCUCUUGAUUACCUGUUUGCGCAGGGCCAGUAUGAUUUCCUGAGAGGUCUGUCUCCUGUUCGUCCAACUCAGAAUGAUGAAGAGCAUCAUGAGAUUGAGAACGAGUGCUUGGGAAUGGCUGUUUUAGCUAUUACCCAUCAUGCCAAGAGCAAUAAUUUGCCAUUAUCAGGAGCUGGAGCCGAGACAAGCUAUAAGCGCUUCAUUCCAGAUAGUCUGAACCGCACCAUUAAGCAACGCAACUUCCUCACACGCAUACGCAUCAGUAACGUCUUCAAGAAUUUCCUCAAUGAGUUCAAUAGCAAGACCAUCCAGGACAGCAAUAUAGGUCUGUAUGACCUGAAGGUCAAGUAUUUGUCCACUCUCGAGACGCUGACUCAAGGAGUGGGUAGGGAGAUUUUCAAGCCCAAGAACCUAAAAGUAACGGGUGAGAGUGAGGGAUCCCCAGCACAGAUGCUUCCCUUGGGGGACAACGGAAUGGGUUAUGAGGUGCAAGUAUACGGAACUACUGGGAUCUCAUGGAGGAGAAAGCCCGCACCGAAUCAAUUGAUAUUGAAAGACAAACCCAAAUCUAAAAAGAUCAAGGGCGACAAGCAGUGGAAUGACAAAAAGAAAGACAGCGGAUGGACGCUUUUCUCCGACUUUCAUGAAAUAACCCACAUCGUCAUUAAGGACUGCUGUGUCACCAUUUACAGACAAGACAAUAAAACCAUGGAGUUGGAUCUGUUUUAUCGUGAUGCAGCCCUGUCUUUUGCUGCACUGGUGGACGGUUACUUCAGAUUGACUGUGGAUGCCCAUCAUUACCUGUGCACUGAUGUCGCCCCCUCAUCGGUAGUCCAGAAUUUAGAAAACGGCUGUCACGGACCUAUCUGCACAGAGUAUGCCAUUCAUAAACUUCGACAGGAGGGAAAUGAAGAAGGAACCUAUGUGCUGCGCUGGAGCUGCACAGAAUACAACUUUAUUAUCAUGACGGUUGUCUGCAUUGAGCUCGACCUGUGUGAAUCCAGACCAGUUCCCCAGUAUAAGAACUUCCAGAUUGAAACGAGCCCUCAGGGCUACAGACUGUAUGGGACAGACACAUUCAGACCCACUCUGAAGGAGCUGCUGGAGCACCUGCAGGGCCAGUUACUGCGCACCGACAAUCUGCGCUUCCAGCUGCGCCGCUGCUGCCCACCACAACCCAGAGAAAUUUCUAACCUAUUAGUGAUGACCACAGACCGAGAGCCUGUCCCGCAGAAAAAAACUCAAGUCAGCCAGCUGAGUUUCGACCGCAUUCUUAAAGAGGAGAUUGUACAGGGUGAACAUUUGGGUCGAGGCACAAGGACAAACAUCUAUGCUGGUAUUCUGAAGCCGAAGAGUGAUGAUGAAGAUGAUCUGGGAGGAUACUCGCAGGAGGUGAAAGUGGUUUUGAAGGUGCUGGGCUCAGGACAUAGAGAUAUUUCUCUGGCAUUCUUUGAGACCGCUAGCAUGAUGCGUCAGAUCUCUCACAAACACAUCGCCCUGCUCUACGGAGUGUGUGUGCGUCACCAGGAGAAUAUCAUGGUGGAGGAGUUUGUUCAGUACGGCCCUUUGGAUCUGUUCAUGCGCAGGCAGACCACACCUCUGAGCACUGCAUGGAAGUUCCAGGUUGCCAAGCAGUUAGCCAGUGCCCUCAGCUAUCUGGAGGAUAAGAAGAUGGUCCAUGGAUAUGUGUGCAGUAAGAACAUUCUGGUAGCUCGAGAUGGUUUAGAUGGAGAAGGAGGACCCUUCAUCAAGCUGAGUGACCCCGGGAUACCCAUUACUGUCCUCAGCAGAGAAGAGUGUGUGGACAGGAUUCCUUGGAUUGCUCCAGAGUGUGUGAAAGACACAGCUAAUCUGAGCAUAGCGGCUGAUAAGUGGAGUUUCGGGACAACUCUUUGGGAGAUAUGUUACAACGGAGAGAUUCCUCUGAAAGAUAAGAAACUCACUGAGAAGGAGAGGUUUUACGCAGCGCAGUGUCAGUUGGCAACCCCUGACUGUGAUGAGCUGGCCAAACUCAUGACCCACUGCAUGACUUACGACCCCCGACAGAGGCUCUUCUUCAGGGCCAUCGUCAGGGACAUUGUUAUGGUGGAGAAACAGAAUCCAUCCAUUCAGCCUGUUCCCAUGCUUGAAGUGGACCCGACAGUGUUUGAGAAGAGGUUCCUCAAGAAGAUUCGAGACCUUGGAGAGGGUCAUUUUGGGAAGGUGGAGUUGUGCCGGUAUGACCCACGUGGAGAUCGGACUGGAGAGCUAGUGGCUGUGAAGUCUCUGAAGCCAGAGAACCGCGAAGAGCAGAGCAAUAACCUGUGGCGUGAGAUUCACAUCCUGAGAGAACUUUACCAUGAGAAUAUCGUCAAAUACAAGGGCAUCUGCAAUGAAGAGGGUGGGAGAUCCAUUAAGCUCAUCAUGGAGUUUUUGCCUGCAGGCAGUCUAAAGGAAUACCUCCCCAGAAACAAGGCUCACAUAAACCUUAAAACUCUGCUCAACUAUUCUGUGCAGAUCUGCCAGGGUAUGGACUACCUGGGAUCUCGCAACUACAUCCACAGAGACCUGGCAGCCCGCAAUGUUCUGGUGGAGAAUGAAGGCACGGUAAAGAUUGGAGACUUCGGCCUGACCAAAAGCAUUAAGGAUAACGAGGGAUACUACACUGUGAAAGACGAUCUGGACAGUCCAGUGUUCUGGUAUGCUCCAGAAUGUUUGAUCCACUGCAAGUUCUACAGGGCAUCUGAUGUCUGGUCUUUUGGAGUGACCAUGUAUGAGCUCCUCACGUACUGUGAUGCUUCAUGUAGCCCCAUGUCGGUGUUCCUUAAGUUGAUUGGUCCAACACAUGGACAAAUGACUGUCACCCGAUUGGUCAAAGUCCUGGAGGAGGGAAAGAGACUUCCAAGACCAGAUGACUGCUCAGAGCAGUUGUACAACCUGAUGAGGAGAUGCUGGGAAGCAACACCCGAAAAAAGGAUCGACUUCAAAAGCCUGAUUGCCAACUUUCAGCAGAUGCUUGACAAUCUGUAACUAUAUGGAAAUAUGACGGGACACAGACUCCACCUCUUUUAUUUUCCACAGCAACAAAAAAAAGUGUAACCAUGCAUUGUAGCACUCUUUUAAAUGUACUCUCCUUCUUACCGUAUCCCUCACAGACUCCGAUAAAUAUAUAUAAACUGCAGAACAUGCAAAAUA